AUGUCUGUGGGAAUUUGUCAGUGUCAGCAGAACUCUAAUCAGGAACCUACCUGGUUUCCUGCCAGUUUACUUGCCUCCUUGGCUGCCUGCCUGAGUCUGGCAGAACUAGAAGUACUAUGUAAUCACCUGUAUGAAGGAACUGAUCCAGCACAGCGAAUGCAGGCGGAGAAAGUACUCUUGGAGCUUAUUGAUAGCCCAGAAUGUCUUAGCCAAUGCCAACUUCUAUUAGAACAAGGAACAAUGUCCUAUGCUCAGCUUCUAGCAGCAACAUGCCUGUCUAAGCUUGUAAGCAGGGCAUCUCCUUUACCUAUCGAACAAAGGAUUGACAUUCGAAACUACAUUCUGAACUAUGUAGCAUCUCAACCCAAACUGGCUCCUUUUGUCAUUCAAGCUCUUGUUCAAGUCAUUGCUAAAAUUACAAAAUUAGGAUGGUUUGAGGUACUAAAAGAUCAGCUCAUCUUCAGAGACAUUAUUGAUGAUGUAAAAAAAUUUUUGCAGGGCACUGUGGACCAUUAUAUAAUCGGAGUAAUGAUUCUCUCAGAACUGACUCAGGAAAUGAAUAUAGUUGAUUAUUCAAGACCUUCAGCAAAACAUCGUAAAAUAGCUACCUCAUUCCGUGACACCUCUCUGAAGGACAUACUGAUGCUUGCGUGCUCGCUUUUGAAGGAGCUCUUGGCAAAACCUUUAUCCCUUCAGGACCAACAGCAGCAGAGUCUAGCAAUGCAGCUUUUGAAGCUUGUACUAAACUGUCUUAAUUUUGAUUUCAUUGGAAAUUCAGCAGAUGAAUCUGCAGAUGACCUGUGCACUGUGCAGAUUCCAACGACCUGGAGAGCAAUCUUCCUGGAGCCGGGAACCUUGGACCUGUUUUUUGAUUUGUAUCAUUCCCUUCCACCACUGCUGUCUCAGUUAGCACUUUCUUGUUUAGUUCAGUUCGCUUCUGCAAGGAGAUCUUUAUUCAGCAAUCCAGAACGUGCCAAAUAUCUUAGUAAUCUAAUCAAAGGAGUGAAACAAAUACUUGAAAAUCCACAGGGUUUAUCUGAUCCGGGUAAUUACCAUGAAUUCUGUCGGUUUUUGGCUCGGCUGAAGACAAACUAUCAACUAGGAGAGCUAGUAAUGGUGAAAGAUUACCCAGAAGUCAUCCAACUUAUAGCAAAUUUUACUAUUACUAGCCUACAGCACUGGGAGUUCACUCCAAAUAGUGUUCAUUAUUUGCUAACUCUGUGGCAAAGAAUGGUAGCAUCUGUACCUUUUGUGAAAACAGCAGAACCUCACCUCUUAGACACGUAUGCACCGGAGAUAACAAAAGCUUACAUUACUUCCAGGCUGGAAUGUGUUCCUGUAGUUGUAAGAGAUGGCUCAGAAGAUCCACUGGAUGAUACAGCUACAGUUUUCCAACAGCUGGAGCAACUGUGCACAGUUAGCAGGUGUGAAUACGAAAAGAGCUGUACACUUCUUGUACAGUUGUUUGACCAAAAUGCACAAAACUACCAAAAACUAUUGCACUCUUCUAGUAGGAAUCCAUUAGAAAUCACAGUUCAGGAAGGGCGUCUGGCAUGGCUUGUCUAUUUUGUGGGUACUUUUGUGGGAGGACGAUUAACAUACACUAGUACUGACGAACAUGAUGCCAUGGAUGGAGAAUUAUCCUGUCGAGUUUUUCAGCUGAUAUCUUUGAUGGAUGCCCAGUUACCACAGUCUAGUAAUGAAAAAGUAGAACUGGCAAUUCUGUGGUUCUUGGAUCAGUUCCGUAAAACCUAUGUGGGAGACCAGCUUCAGCACACCUCAAAG